CACGCAACCCAUUCCCGAACACCAAGAUGUUUCACUGAGUCGACUCGGCCGCCUCCACAUCCCAUCCCAAUCUAUUUGCUAAAGGCUAGUUUGCAAUGGCACCGUCGCGUAACGUCAUUGUAGCCACUGGUCUGGUUGUUUUCGCCUCUGCAGGCUUAGCUUUCCCCUUCUACAUGGCUAGUGCGUGUAUUUCGCUAGUAGAUCCGCUACGCCUAGCUCCACUAGCUCAUAUUGUUGGACCUGACAUAAACACUGGUUCACGCGAUGUUGGACCUGACCAUCGUACAUACCCUAAGAAAUGA